UUGGCGUUUGCCAUUCGAGCCGUGCGGUACGUGUUCCGCGGUGAAAUAAAGCAAUCAACGAAAGCAACACCUGAGCGGCCAGCGCGGCACGAAUGGAAAAGGGAAACUAUAAGAAAAAUAUUGAUUAACUUUUUCGGUGCGGCGGGUGAGAGAACCGUGUGGUGGCUAUUUAUAAUGAACGAGGUGACCGGCGGCCGGGAGCAGGGAUAACCGAGAAGGAAGCGGAGACCAUGCCAGAGACGGAGCAGCAGCAGCACCCAGCACACUCACAUCCAGAACUUGAGCCAGAUCCACAGCCAGCAGCAGAACUGGAGCACCUCACCGACAAUAGACCGAAUCGCGUGCAGAACUUCUCCUUCGCCAGCAGCUAUCCCUACGCACCAGGACGCCUCUCGUCCAGCUCCAACUCGAACACCAACUACAACUCCUACUACAGCGCCGGCGACUACAACGUCCAGCGAUAUCAGAGUCCCUACAAUUUCCAGCACGUGGUGACCAACGCAUUCUCGGUGCUGCGCCACCAGCCGUCCGAGGAGCCGGAGUUCGAUUCCUAUCCAACGCGCCCCCAACAGGCCAUCGUGCGUCCGAUCCGGCGAGAGGCGGGUAUAGCGGAUAACCAGGAUCACAAUGUAGCAGAGCCAGCUGGGUAUCCCACACAGAAAUCGCACUUCUCGCGCAGCAACCAGGAGGUGCGCAGCUUCGCCGAUGAGCUGAGCCAGAAGCUGCGCUUCCUGGCGCCGGAGGAGCAGAACUACGGCGGCCGCCAGAGCGCCAAUUCCGGCGCCUGGAUGGAUCCAGCGAUGGCACAGCGACCACGAUUCGAGACCACGGUGCCGCAGGGCAUCUUCCUGCCGCCUCCCCAUGAAGUCCAGAUGAUACCGGCCACCAUGCUGAGGAGGCAUGUCUACGCCUACUCCUCAUACCCCAUGAUUCUGCAAGGAUAUUUCGCCAAGGAACCCGGCAGCGAGAGCAAGGAGCAGAAGGUGACCGCCACCCGGCUGAAUGGAGUGCGUGCCACGGCGGCAGUGGCGGCGGCCACUGCUGCGGCCUCCAAGUCCUCCCGUAACGAUUCGCAGUCCCUCGCCGGUGGACUCCACAUCACCAAGGCCCAGUUCCAGCAACAACUGCAACAGCGUCGCUCCACCACCAACCACAACAACAACAACAGCAACAGCAACAUCAGCAGCGACAAGAGACCCAUCGUCCCGCCGCCGGAGCCCUACAAGAACGUCAUGUACGACCGUCGCGUCAUAAAGGGCAGCAACUUUGGCAACGCCUCUCUGGUGACGGAUGUGGAUCCCUUCGACAAGGGCGCCGAAUUGAGGCGCCGCAAUAUGUUGCGCAAACGGACGAUGCAGUGUCGCAAUCAGAGAAAUGUCCUGGGCACUCCGCCGCCGGUCAGGGGCCGCAAGCACGAGACCAUUCAGACGGAGAAGUAUCUGGAGAAGCUGAUGCAGCGUCCGCCGGAGUUCUCCAUCGACACGCAGACGGACCUGUUCCUCGAGAAGCCGCCGACGCCUCCAUUCAUACCGGCCAAAGUGGGCGUGGAUGUGGGCACCGAGAUCGGCGAGGGCGAACUCUUCCACUUCGAUGCCGAGGCGCAGCCCAUCAUCGAUGUCCUGGUGGACGCCUGCAUCGAGCAGAGCAUGCUGGAGGUGGCCCACGAGAUGGAACUGGCCAGCCUGCGGCGCAAACAGGAAGAAUUCCUGGCCCAGAGGGAGGCGGAACUGGCCGAGCUGCGCCGUUUGGAGGCGGAGGAGUUGCGCUUGCAGGCGGAGAAGGAGCGUCGCCUGCGCCAGGAUGCGAUUGCCAAGGAGCUGGAUGCUGAGAUGCAGAAGAGCGUGACGGCGGCCAAGUUGCUCCAGGGACACAUUGCCAGUCUGGUGCCGGAGGUGCUGGAGAACAUUGAGCCGGCCAGCGAUGCCGUCAAGAAGGAGCAGCUGAUGAAGAGCGUCUGUCCGUGGUUGUCCGCCGAGGUGGCCGAGGAAGUGGGUCAUAUUGUGGACUCGCGCGAGAUCCUCACCGCCAUCAUUCAGGAGAUUAUCAAGCAGCGUGCUGAGAUCUAUGCCGGCUACAAGGAACCUGAAUCGGAACCAUCCGGACCGGAUGCGGGUGUUUGUGAGGAGGAGGGCUGCGCCAUCGAUGAGAUGGAGGCGUGUCCCUGCGAAUCGGAAACGGAAAUAGAGCAGUGCCCCGAGCCGCCGCCACCGCCUCCUCAUCUCUAAGUGAUUGCGUUCGCGUUCAUAUUCGAGUUCAUAUUUCGAGUGGGAUUCUGAUGCCACCACAAACACAGACACACACUCACGUGUAACACUAACACACACCUGCUAUUAAAUCGUGGUUGGCUGCAACUUUGUUGUUGUGUCUGGCGAAGAGCUCAAUUCGCCGCAGAUUCGAAACUGGGCGCCAAACACAACUGCACAGCGGCGGCGGCGAAAUGGAAGCGAAUGGCAAAUUGUAAACUGGAUAAUUGUUAAAGGUUCUUGUGUUACCGAAAAUUCAACCAAUAAAGCUCAACAAAAUAAGCCCAAC